GGCACCCUGAUGUUGAACAGCCUUGUAAGUCCAGUGUCAGAACAUGGAGUCCCAACUCAGCAGUCAACCAACACACGGUGCCCCCAGCCUGUCCUGAGCCUCAGGGCUGCUACCUGCAGCUGGAGUUCCGUUAUCCCCUGACUCCAGAGUCCCUCACAGUCUGGAUGACAUUUGUGUCCCCUGACUGGGACUCCAGCGGGGCGGUGAAUGACAUCAAGUUGCUCACCAUCAGCGGGAAGAACAUUUCUCUCGGCCCGCAGAAUGUCUUCUGCGACAUCCCGUUGACCAUAAAGCUGGAUGCUGGACAAGUGGGUGAGGAGGUGUACGGGAUCCAGAUCUACACUCUGGAUGAGCACCUGGAAAUCGAUGCUGCCAUGCUGAGCUCUGUCCCUCACAGCACGCUGUGCGCGGGCUGCAAACCCAUCCAGUACAAAGUGGUUCGGGACCCUCCUUUCCAGUCUGGAUCUCCAGUUGUCAUCUCAAACCUCAGCAGGAGAUUUGUCGACACGGAACUGAGCGAUAGGACCACAUACACAUACCAGGUCGUAGUUGUUUCCGGGACGGAGGAGAGCGAACCUUCCCCCACGCUUGUGUAUGUCUCCGGAAGUGGAUACUGUGGAGACGGGAUUAUCCAAAUAGACUUGGGGGAAGAAUGUGAUGAUAUGAACAAGAUCAACGGCGAUGGCUGCUCCCUGUUCUGCCUGCAGGAGUUAUCCUUUAACUGCGUCGAUGAACCCAGCAGGUGCUAUUUCCAUGAUGGUGAUGGAGUAUGCGAGGAAUUUGAGCAGAUGACCAGCAUCAAAGACUGUGGCGUUUACACUCCCAAAGGCUUCCUUGAUCAGUGGGCUUCCAACGUCUCCGUCUCACAUCACAGUGACCAGCAGUGUCCAGGAUGGGUGGUCAUCGGUCAGCCAGCGGCAACCCAGAUGUGUCGAACCAAGGUGAUUGACUUGAACGAUGGCAUCUCUCAGUACGCCUGGUAUCCCUGCACAGCCAACUUCCCAUACUCCCACAUGACACCGACCAUUUUCUGGCUGAAGGCUUAUUUUUCCCAACCUAUGGUAGCUGCGGCAGUCCUGGUUCACUUGGUCACUGACGGGACCUAUUACCUGGAUCAGAAGCAGGAGACCAUCGGUGUGCAGCUGUUUGACACCAAAGAGCAAAGCCAUGAUCUUGGUGUCCACGUCCUGAGCUGCAGGAACAAUCCCCUGAUUAUCCCCGUCAUCCAUGACCUCAGUCACCCUUUUUAUCACACCCAGGCUGUCCUCAUUAGCUUCAGCUCCCAGUUUGUGGCCAUCUCCGGGGUGGCCCUGCGUUCCUUCCACAACUUCGACCCCAUCACCAUCAGCAGCUGCCAGCGAGGACAGACCUACAGCCCGGCGGAGCAGAGCUGUGUCCACUACUCCUGCGAAGCCACGGACUGCCAAAAGCUGGAGAUCGAGAAUGCGCGGCUGAACUGCACCAGUGGCGGGUGGUACAACGGUGCCCAGUGCAACGUGAGCUGCAAGACAGGCUACAUUUUGCAAGUCCAACGAGAUGAUGAUCUCAGCAAGAACCAGAUGGAGUCCAGCAUCACCAUGACUUGCACGGAUGGGAAGUGGAACAAGCAGGUGACCUGCGAGCCUGUGGACUGCGGAGUCCCAGACCAGUACCACGUCUACCCAGCCACCUUCAACUGCAGCGAGGGGACCACCUUUGGCAAGAAGUGCUCCUUCACUUGCCGACCUCCUGCUCUUCUAAAAGGGAACAACAGCAACUUGACCUGCAUGGAGGACGGGCUGUGGUCCUUUCCAGAGGCACUGUGUGAGCUGAUGUGUCGAGCACCCUCCAUCGUCCCCAAUGCAGAUCUCCAGACUACUCGUUGCCGAGAAGAUAAGCACAAAGUGGGCUCGUUUUGCAAGUACAAAUGCAAACCAGGUUACCAUGUCCCUGGGUCCUCCAGAAAAGCAAGAAAGCGAGCUUUUAAGAUCCAGUGCACACAAGACGGGACGUGGUUGCCGGGCGCUUGCGUGCCCGUUACCUGUGACCCUCCGCCUUCCAAGUUUCAUGGGCUCUACCAGUGCUCCAAUGGCUUCCAGUUCAACAGCGAGUGCCGGAUCAAGUGCGAAGAUGAUGACAUGCAGUCGGGCCGUGGAAGCAAUGUGAUUCACUGCCGGAAGGAUGGCACCUGGAGCGGCUCCUUUCAUCUCUGCAGGGAAAUGCAGGGCCAGUGCACGCUGCCCACGCAGCUCAACAGCCACCUGAAGUUGCAGUGCCCCGGCAGCUACGGCAUAGGCGCAGAAUGUACCACCUCAUGUCUGGAUCACAGUCAUGAGCCCAUCCUGCUGCGUGUGAACGAGACUGUGCAAGACAUCCAGCACUGGAUGAACCCUCAGAGAGUGAAGAGUGUUGUCUGCACGGCAGGACUCAAGUGGUACCCUCACCCUUCCCUGAUUCAUUGCGUCAAGGGCUGCGAGCCUUUUAUGGGGGACAACUACUGUGACUCCAUCAACAACCGAGCCUUCUGCAACUAUGAUGGUGGGGACUGCUGUGCCUCAACAGUCAAGACCAAAAAGGUUACUCCCUUCCCUAUGUCCUGUGACCUACAAGGAGAGUGUGCUUGCCGGGACCCCAACGCCCAAGAGCACAACCAGAAAGACCUCCGCAGCUUCAGUCUUGGGUAA